UCACAUUUCUAUAGUGUCGUUGUGAAUGUGUAUGAUGUUUUGGGAGAAUGUUGGUAUGUUGUUUCAUGUGAACAUUAAUUUUAUACACCAUUCAUUGUUAAUAAUACAUAUGGAGACAACAGUUGACAGCGAUAUAUAAACAGUAAUUUUAUUUAAAUUUCCUUAUUUCUUGUUUAAAUGUAUUACACAAUGUUAAACAUAAAUUGUUGUAACAUGUCAGUCUCAGACCGCGAAUGGACGCUGGCGAGGCAAGACGCACAUUUUCCCUUCUCUUCUUCCAGUCAUUAUUGUGUUUAACGGAAGAAGUUAGCGUAACAGAUGUUUCUCUUAUCAAGUGUUCCAUGUGUUUCAGGUCAAUAAAUGGAACUGUUUUGAAGCUGGCCUGCUGUCUCGAGUGAAAUUCCUUAUGUACAGAAUCAGAUCUGCUACAUAAAACUGGUGCCGUGACCAUCUUGGAUACAACUGAUCAGCCGCAGCCGAUCACCGGGUGUUGUCCGUUUACAUGGAGCUGUUGCUGUGAUCUCCUUGGAUUCAUCGGGCCGGUCGUUGCAGUUGUGGCCGGGUGUCAAAUCGGGGAUCGAGUCCUGCCUUCCAGCGUCAACUAAUGAAGUUUCCUCAUUGCAGUGACGCUCAGGUUCUUUUACAUCGUUAAGACAUUGACUUUUGGAUCGGACAUUAAACCUUUAAGACAUUGGAUCAAUUUACUUUGGCGGGUGAUCAGUACAAAAAGUAAAAUGUACAACAUGUCUACACCAGUCUUGGGGAGGGGUAGAGGUUUCAGCAGUUCAGAUGCUGUUGCAAGACAUAAAGAAAAUUAUCGAAUUGAUGAUGUCAAAUUUAGCCUUUCGCAAAUGGGGGAAAAAGUCAAUUAUGGUGCUUCAUCAUUCACACCUGCCCCAAUAAACGAUGAUUCUCAUUUGCAGGUAACGGAGCUACUUGAGGAGCUAGGUAGCCAAAUUGGCGAUAGUAUUUUGGACCGGCUCUUAGCUGAUCGUAGUCCCUCUGCUCUGGGGCAUCAGACUGCCCCCGAGACAGUCAAAAGCGAGCUGGCUAGCACUACUCUUGACUUAUCCAGGUUGAAUCUGAUUGUACGAUCUGACAGUAUGGAGCCUCCUAUUUUCCGUGGUGAUGGUACGGAUAAACAUACUGUUCAUGAAUGGAUAGAGUUAAUGGAGGUAUACUUACAGAAGUGCGAUCACCCGAAGGCGGAGCACGCCAAUGAGAUCUUGAAUCAUCUUUUGGGUAGAGCUAAAAACAUUGUCAAAGUAGGGCUAAAAAGUAACCCCUCACCUGACAUGGUUGCUACUCCCGAGACCGUUUACAAAAUGCUCUUAUGUUAUUUCAGUGAAAGCCCAGAGUCUUGUCUUCCACUUGCAGACUUCUACUCUACACUGCCACAUGACAAAGAAAGCCCUGUUGACUAUUGGGUCCAUCUCAAUAAUGCGGCCAAAAUCGCUGAUAAUUACUUGCAGAAACAGGGUAGUCGAAUGAAGAACAUUUCACAAGAAAUCUCAAUGAUGUUUAUUAGAAACUGCCCUGAUGCUGAGCUUUCUAGUGUGUUCAGGUACAAGCCUAUCACCAAGUGGUCAUCGGCAGAGGUUCAGGAAGCAAUAGAUGAGCAUCAAAGGGAGCUGAGAAUAAAGAAACCACACUCUUACUCUCUCCCUGGCUGUUCGUUCCAAGUAGCAACUGCCACAGUCAGCCAUGCAGAAGCCACCACUGUGGUCAAUGAUGCAGUGAACACCGCAGUGUGCAUCCCCAGUACCCAGACCACUAAGCCUGAGAUCACCACACCGCCUCCACAUACUGUCUUGACUGACACCGGUACGUUAGAGCGAGUGCUCAGCAUGCUGGAGAUGGUGCUCGACCGCACUAAUACACAGGCUGCUCCUAAUAGACCUCAAUUGCACUCCUGGUCUUGUCCAUCCAAAUGUCGCGUUUGCAGUGAGAGAACCCAUUCCACAUGGUCACACUGCAUGUCAGAGAAAAGAUGUCUGAUCUGCUUAGAAGUUGGUCACCAGUGCAGGGAUUGCCCUAGGAAAAGUGCCGAGUCUGGGAGCCGCUCUCAGAUUCAGGGAAACUGACACACCUGCAUUUGGGAGGGGAUAAUGUGGGUGAAGAAGUUCAGACCCUCCAAGAUGAUGCAUCAAGCAUAUAUGAGUCGACUUGUAAGUCAGUGACAAGUGAUAAUAUGGUUCUGUUUCAGAACGUGACCCGGUUGGCGCGGGCAGACAGCCUUUUCUAUACUAACGUUUUAGUCAAUGACAGCGUUCCUCUAAGAGCCUUGUUAGACAGUGACUCUAUGGCCUGCACCAUCAGUGAAGUUGCAGAGUCCCGUCUACUUGAUGCAGGGUUGUUGCUGGAUCAGUGCGAGAUGCAGGCCAAUGUUAUGCUGGUUGGAUGUGGCGGAGGUCAAGUUGCGCCAAAGUGUAUGUACCAGCUGAAGAUGAGAGU